GCAUAAUCUACACAUCAAGAUAAACAGUGCAUUGAGGCUGAUUUCAUAGUGUGUUCCUAUUCUGUUAACAAUGAAUUCCAGAUCACUGCUUUGUUUUUGUGCAAUUUUGAUUUUUGUUAUACAUGCUGUUAACUCCGUUCCACUGGGUUUAGACAAUGGUUUAAGGAAAAAACGGGAAGCUGUCCCGUCUGUUAAAUCCGUCAACGUCGAUUUAGAAGAUGGUUUGAGGAAGAAACGUGAAGCUGUACCGUCUGUCAAAUCCGUCAACGUCGAUUUAGAAGAUGGUUUGAGGAAGAAACGUGAAGCUGUACCGUCUGUCAAAUCCGUCAACGUCGAUUUAGAAGAUGGGUUGCGAAAAAAACGUGAAGCAGUACCGUCUGUCAAAUCUGUUAAUGUUGAUUUGGAAGAUGGUCUGAGAAAGAAACGUGAAGCCGUACCUUCUGUCAAAUCCGUCAACGUCGAUUUAGAAGAUGGUUUGAGAAAGAAACGUGACGCAGUACCGUCUGUCAAAUCUGUUAAUGUUGAUUUGGAAGAUGGUCUGAGAAAGAAACGUGAAGCCGUACCUUCUGUCAAAUCCAUCAACGUCGAUUUAGAAGAUGGUUUGAGAAAGAAACGUGAAGCAGUACCGUCUGUCAAAUCCGUCAAUGUCGACUUGGAAGAUGGUUUGAGAAAAAAACGUGAAGCUGUACCGUCUGUCAAAUCUGUUAAUGUUGAUUUGGAAGAUGGUCUGAGAAAGAAACGUGAAGCCGUACCUUCAGUCAAAUCCGUCAACGUCGAUUUAGAAGAUGGUUUGAGAAAGAAACGUGAAGCAGUACCGUCUGUCAAAUCCGUCAAUGUCGACUUGGAAGAUGGUUUGAGAAAGAAACGUGAAGCUGUACCGUCUGUCAAAUCCGUCAACGUCGAUUUAGAAGAUGGUUUGAGAAAGAAACGUGAAGCUUUACCGUCUGUCAAAUCCGUCAACGUCGACUUGGAAGAUGGUUUAAGAAAAAAACGUGAAGCAGUACCCUCUGUCAAAUCUGUUAAUGUCGAUUUAGAGGAUGGUUUGAGAAAGAAACGUGAAGCAGUACCAUCUGUUAAAUCAGUCAACGUCGAUUUAGAAGAUGGUUUGAGAAAGAAACGUGAAGCUGUACCGUCUGUCAAAUCCGUCAACGUCGAUUUAGAAGAUGGCUUGAGAAAGAAACGUGAAGCAGUUCCGUCUGUCAAAUCCGUCAACGUCGAUUUAGAGGAUGGUUUAAGAAAGAAACGUGAAGCAGUACCGUCUGUCAAAUCCGUCAAUGUCGAUCUAGAAGAUGGUUUGAGAAAGAAACGGGAAGUAGUACCGUCUGUCAAAUCCGUCAACGUCGAUUUGGAAGAUGGUUUGAGGAAGAAACGUGAAGCUGUACCGUCUGUCAAAUCCGUCAACGUCGAUUUAGAAGAUGGCUUGAGAAAGAAACGUGAAGCAGUUCCAUCUGUCAAAUCCGUCAACGUCGAUUUGGAAGAUGGUUUAAGAAAAAAACGUGAAACUGUACCGUCUGUCAAAUCCGUCAACGUCGAUUUAGAAGAUGGGUUAAGAAAGAAACGUGAAGCAGUACCGUCUGUCAAAUCCGUCAACGUCGAUUUAGAAGAUGGUUUGAGAAAGAAACGUGAAGCAGUACCGUCUGUCAAAUCAGUCAAUGUCGAUUUAGAAGAUGGCUUACGGAAGAAACGGUAAGCCUUAGUUAUAUCUUGCCCUUAAUGUCGAUUAAGAGUAAAGGCUUCAGGAAAUUCAUUAGUUUCACUUUUGUGGAUGUUUAUCAAAAUGAAAAUAAAAAAUGACAGAGGGUUGAAUUUAUUAAAAAAAAUCAAGUUUCAUACUUGAAAUAUUAACUGCUAUGAAAUAAGAUGAAUAUCGAAUAUCUUAAUACAGAAAAAAACCUGUGUAAGAGAGAUUUUUUUCAAUUUCUGUUAAAUAUAAAUCUUAAAAUGAGCUGUAUUAAAAAGUGUUAUUUGAUAACUUUUACGGUUUUUACUCGGUAUUUCAAAUUUCAAUGUAUGCGUAUUCAUUUCAUAUUUUUUUUUAUUCUAAAUGAGUACGGAAAUUGAAUAAAUGAGUGUGCUUGUAGCUAUUGAAUGCCACACAAAUGCAAAUGUAUAUCAAUGUACAAUGUACUUAUAUGUAUCAACACAUGUGAUCUCGCUAUUAAAUUUGUUGAUACGUCAGCAUUUAUGUUUAUCGA